AAUCUUCCACAAUCCGCGCGCACACGGAAAGACAAACAGGGACGCAGAGGGGAGGAGGGAGAGGGACGAUAGAGUUCCUCGGUUGCCUGCUUCUAUUAAUAGACAAAGACUUUUUAUACCCACGAAGCGCUGCAUAUUUUUCCUCUCUCUCUCUCUUCUCUCUCUCUCUGGCUACGGUUCCCAAUCAAAUUUCACUCGCCCUAAAGGUGUUUGCGUAUUGGAACUGUUGUGGCUACUGAGAUGGCAAGUGGUUUUGGGGAGUCAACAAGCGUGCCGCCCCAAAGCACGUCUUGCUCGGGUAACAAUGCCAACGAUGCAGGAGACUUCGAGUGCAAUAUUUGCUUCGAAUUAGCCCAAGACCCGAUCAUAACCCUUUGCGGCCACCUCUUUUGCUGGCCUUGCCUCUACAGAUGGCUCCACCAUCACUCGAAUUCCCAAGAGUGCCCGGUUUGCAAAGCCCUCGUACACGACGAGAAGUUAGUUCCUCUUUAUGGUAGGGGCAAGACGCAAACUGACCCAAGAUCAAAGUCAUAUCCAGGGAUCAACAUUCCCAAUCGCCCCUCUGCGCAGAGGCCUCAAACUGCCCCUCCUCCUGAUACCAAUCCUUUUGCCAAUUAUGGAUUUGGAUUCAUGGGCGGAUUUGUACCAAUGGCAACUGCAAGGAUUGGUAACUUCACGUUGGCGACUGCAUUUGGUGGUCUGAUACCGUCGUUGCUUAACAUUCAGUACCACGGGUUCCCUGAUGCUACUGUAUAUGGAACAACUUCAGGUUUCCCUUAUGCGUCAUUUAGUUCAUUUCACGGGGGCCAUGCUCACGGAUUCCCUCAGCCGGAAAAUCAUCAAGGGCAGCCGGGUGAUGUUUUGAAGUAUCUUUUUUUGUUGCUCGGUGUGUUUGUGAUCGUUGCGGUUAUUUUCGGUUCUUAAGUUAAACAUUGAAACCAACAUGGUUGUUUAGUGUUGCUGCUCUUCUUAUAUGUGUAAAUACGUUAGCUGCAUUUCUGUUUUUUGAGAGUUUUCCCCCUAGUUUACUACUUCUGGGGUCAAUUGUGUUAAAUGUUAUAAACAUCUGCAACGGACACAAGGGUUUCGUAAUAAACGGUUUGCACUCACUCUCUGAAAUUAUUU